AAGAGUUUCUUUCGAGAAGCGAUAAUGCCUGAUCACCUCUCGCACCCCUCGGGUAAGAUUGCAUAUCUAAGAUUGGACACACCUGCUUCAUCUUUCGCAAUGCCACCCAUGAUCGAGUCUGCUGCCUCUCUCCUGACAAAUCAGGCACAGCAAACUGAAAUGAACCCGUCGUUCGAUGAACCGCAAGAGCCCCCUGAAGCUACCUCGGAUUCAUUGGAUAAUGUGGUCGAGGAGAACGGUACCAGCGCAAUCCUGAAAGGGCCGCCAACGCAGCUCCCUCAAUCAGGCACCGGAGACGAGUGUCUCGUGAGCUUAUCGAGGAUCGACAGCGGCAAAGUAACCCAGUCUCUUCGGCCAGCAGCAUCCUCAAACUCACUCUCCCUAGAGAACAAUGGUGUCAUUCUCCAAGCAGAACAGGCUGCAAUUCCGGCAGACAUGCCGCCAACAACUACUGUGAGUCAAUCUAAGCGCAAAAUUAUACCCUCACCCACACCUGGCUCAACAGGAGAAUCCGACACAGUUGCUGCGGCAGGACCGGCUCCACUCCGUUCAACGCCUGUGUCGAGAUCAGGGACCACUGUUCCAUCUCCCACAACGCCACUCUCAGUCUCCCUUUCGCGAAGUCAGGUACGGCAAAGCGAACGGGAUCAGCUGCUCGAUAAAUGUUCCGAGCGCUCUGGAAGCAGUUCGGACCCAUUGCACAAUGAUAGCAGGGAUGUCGCAAGCAUUAUAGGCCUGGAGAGACGGGCAACGGGACGCUCCGAAUCAGGCAUAAAGAACGAGCGUCUCGUGAGAAGGGACAGCGCCAAAGUAGCCCCGGCUCGUCCAAUGGCAUCCUUUCCAGAAGCGCCCCCUUCAGAGUAUAGCGGCCUCGUCUCUCAUUGGGAACAGCCGACAAGUCCGCUAGACACGUCGCCAACAACUGCAGUGAGCAAACGACGCAAGCAGGAGCACAUAUCUUCAUCCACGCCCGAUCUCUCUUGUAAGAGGCUUAAGACAUCGGGUGAAGUAUAUCACGCUAAGAAACAUGACGAAGGAGAACAGGAGGGGAACGAAGACGAGGUGGAGGAAGAGGAGUCCCGUGGAAUCGGUUGGUCACGCACAGCCGCAGUCGUACUGCGAUGGCCUGGCAGCGACGGAGAGGGGAGAGUGGAGCAACGUGAGGAAAUCGAUUCGUCAAGCACAACCCAGACCAAUGGCCCGCUGGUGACGCUCGCAGGGCCAUUACCAGAAUCGGCGAGACGUCUCGACAACCCACCCACAGCAGCCCCUUCACAUCUUGCGGAUUCACAUCUUGCAAAUUCAGACUGGUCAUCAUCGUCUCCAGAAUCCCCGGACUUUGUAAGCAGCUCCGCGGCAGCUCCUGACUCGCCAUUGUUCCGUCGGCCAGGCACGGCCGAAGUGGAUGCGCAACCAGAGCCCGUACGCGCUAGUCUUCCACCGGAUGUCUCGACGACUAUACUUGAUCCUGCGAUCACGGCGCCAUCUCGAAAGAGCGAUGCAGGAAUACUGCUGUAUGUGACAGUUGGCACGGUAUGCCAGAAAAUCAUAGAUACUAGUGAAGGAAUCGCAGAGUCUCAGGAAGCGCUCACGCAACUACACCAAGGAUUUCAAGAUGCGAUAGCCAACAUGGAAGAUGCAGGAACACAGCCCUAUGAGAGAGUUGGAACAGCGUGCCAAAAAAUCAUAGAUACCACCAAAAGAAUCGCAGAGUCCAAGGAAACGCUCGCACAACUACAUCAAGAUUUCCAACACGCGGUAGCCAACACGACCGAAUAUCGCAAAUCCAGAACUAAACAAGGAGAGCAACCAGCCAAAGGAUGCGUGGACAGCCUAGAGCUCACCACAAGUCCGAAACCCAAUGAGAAUGGCUCCAUGAUAGAGAAAGAGAACUUCGCUGGCGAUCGGCAGAACGUUCGCCCUGAUGACGAGGGAAACGACGCGUUGCACAACCGGGCGGAGUCCAGAAAUCAGGCCUCGGUGGACGUUCACCAGCUGACCCACCAGGAAAAUCCUGUCAACAUGGUCUGCGAAGCCAACUCGUGCUCGUUGGACAUGUCCGGAAUUGAUGCGGCUGCUGCUUCCGUCUUCAACGAUGGUAGCUGGAUAUCUCAACACAGACAAAAUCUUUCGUCCCAGCAAUCAUUUCCUAAAAAUGUGCCAGAGUAUAAUUUUCUGACGGCACAAGACGACUAUUAUUCCAUGGACCUGCCACAAGUGGAUCCUAACUUGAGAUCAAGCACAACUUACCCCUAUCAUGCAUUAAGAGUGCCGCAUGGCGCAUAUCCAAACAUGUCGUUGUCAUGGUCCAGCUCAGAUAAUACAAUGGUAUGGAUGGAUAAUAGUAGUAGAGAUGACGGAGGGUUGGCUGUGUCGAGUAAUCUUCUUUCCUAG